CACGAUGGAUGUCUUCUUUCGGCAGACAUGGACUGAUGAGAGGUUGAAGUUUAGUGGGCCAACAGAGAUUUUGAGAUUGAACAAUUUAAUGGUCAGUAAAAUUUGGACACCAGACACAUUUUUUAGAAAUGGAAAAAAAUCAAUUGCUCAUAAUAUGACAACUCCUAACAAACUUUUCAGAAUUAUGCAGAAUGGAACUAUUCUUUACACAAUGAGACUAACCAUUAAUGCUGAUUGUCCUAUGCGGUUGGUGAACUUCCCUAUGGAUGGACACGCUUGUCCAUUGAAGUUUGGAAGCUAUGCUUAUCCAAAAAGUGAAAUAAUUUAUACAUGGAAAAAAGGACCCCUGCAUUCAGUAGAAGUACCACAGGAGUCUUCUAGUCUCCUCCAGUAUGACCUCAUUGGACAAACUGUAUCUAGUGAAACAAUUAAAUCUAACACAGGUGAAUAUGUAAUCAUGACAGUUUAUUUCCACUUGCAAAGGAAGAUGGGCUACUUCAUGAUACAGAUAUAUACUCCAUGCAUUAUGACAGUCAUUCUUUCUCAGGUGUCUUUCUGGAUUAACAAGGAGUCUGUUCCAGCCAGAACAGUUUUUGGAAUCACUACAGUUCUAACAAUGACCACUUUAAGCAUCAGCGCACGCCAUUCUUUGCCCAAGGUGUCCUACGCUACCGCCAUGGAUUGGUUCAUAGCUGUGUGCUUUGCCUUUGUCUUCUCUGCACUUAUUGAGUUUGCAGCUGUCAACUACUUCACCAACCUUCAGACUCAGAGAGCGAUGAGGAAGGCAGCCAGGGCAGCAGCACUGGCAGCAGCACUAUCAGCAGCAACUGUACCGGCAGAGGACGAGAUUGUCUCGCAUUCUGACUCCAACUGUAACCUGAAGAAGCGAGUAAACUCUGUAACGUCUCAGGCAGAUCAGUCUCCUGAAGCCAGCAUAAUAUCAAACAGUGCAUCCCAGUGUCCACCGGUGUCUGCUCCUCCCCCAGUCCCGCCACCACCACCACCACCUCCUAUUGGAGGCACAAGUAAAAUAGAUCAGUAUUCCAGGAUCCUCUUUCCAGUGGCAUUUGCAGGAUUCAACCUGGUAUACUGGGUUGUUUAUCUUUCAAAAGAUACUAUGGAAUUUUUUGAACCCACCGCAAUUCAUCUUCGAAAUGAUCAUCAGUCCAACUGAAGAACAGCUCAAGGUUUUGAAAGGAUCACUGAAGGCUGUGUAGGGUUGAAGGGACUUCAAAGGA